AUGAAUUCUAUUACCACUGUUCCAACUACUACAUUAUUUACAUGUAACUCCUGUAUGAUUCAAUUUGUUUCAAGUGAUCUACAAAGAUUCCAUAUGAAAACUGAAUGGCAUAGGUAUAAUUUAAAAAGAAGAGUAGCAGGGUUACCAUCUGUUUCAGCUAAUGAAUUUUCUGAAAAAUUAAAAGUUUCCGAAAAACAGCAUUCUUUGAACCAAGUAGAUGAAUUUGGGUUUGCUGUUUUAAAACCUAUUAAAGACAAACGGAAAAAAAAACCAGCAAAAAAUACUGAAGUGCUGAAUACUGUCGAAUUUUUGGAUGAUUUAAGUCCACAAAAAUUAAGCGAGUUUUCAGAUAGUGAACUAUCUAGUGGGUUUGAUGAAGAAACGGCUUCUGAGCUUGGUUAUACUUCUGAAUCAGCAUUUGAACUGACAGAUGAAGAUCCAAGUGACUUUUCUAGCAGUAGUGAUGAUGAAUAUAGUACCUCCUCCAAUGAUGACUACGAAUCUGCUUAUUCUUUAACAGACUGCAUUUUUUGUGGCGUGCAUAAUAAAGAAAUUGAAUUAAAUGUAAGGCAUAUGUUUCAAAAUCAUGGUUUAUAUAUCCCUGAAAGAUCCUUUUUAGUGGAUUUAAAAGGUUUAUUGGAAUUUUUGAUAGAUAUUGUUGUUGCUGAAAAACAUUGUUUAUGUUGUAACUUUCAAGGCUCGACGCUUGAAAGUAUAAGGGCACACAUGGAUUCCAAAAGGCAUUGUAAAAUGCCCUAUGAGACAUUAAGAGAAAAAGCUUUGUUCGAAGACUAUUAUGAUUAUUCGCCGUUAAAUUCCGAUAACAAUCAUAACUCUAACUUUCUUAAGCAAUCCAAAAAUAACGUCCAAUUUAAAAUUGAAGAAAGGGGGGAGGAAAAUGAAAUACAAAAAAUAUCUGAAGUAGCUUUCAAAUCCAAUACAGAGGGCAGUUCUAACGAAGAAGACAAACAAAAUAACUAUAAAAUGAAGUUAUUAGAAAAGAAGAAAGCUAGAAGAGAAAAAGCCCUGGCCGCAGUUUCUACUUUUGAUAGAAGGUUAGCAGGCGGAUUGACUAAGAAAGAAUACGAAAAGGUACAAUCAAAAAUGCAACAGCUUGAAAAAAAAGCUAGUAAUAAAGCCAUACAGUUACAAAUUAAAAGAUGUAAUAAUUUUGCCAAUUUUCGAGAUGAAACUAUGUAA